CUAUAAGCCUAAGCGAUACCCCAUUUUCUAAUCCCAACCAUGUCCUACCACCUCUUCAUCAUAAACCCCUUCGACACACCCCUCUACUCGCUCACCUUUCUCUCCACGCGUCCCGUCUCCGGGCCCACAAGCACGCUCGCCUCCCAGCUCCCUAGCUGGUCGGCCUCCGCAUUCGGGGGAACGGUGGCCGCCUUGUCUGGCGCUACGAGCGUGAAGGGUUCUGGGCCGCUGGGUCCUGGGCAGGGAAAGGAGGACAGACAUGUGGUCAUGAUGAUUGCCAAUGCGAGCUUGGAUGUGGUGGAGGACGUGCAACGGACUAACGGGUCGAUGUAUCUGAAGGCUAUCGAUCGGUUUAACGAAUGGACCGUAUCUGCGUUCAUCACCCCUGGCAAUAUGAAGUUCAUCCUGCUCCACGAGCCUAAGAACGACGAAGGCAUCCGGCUGUUCUUCAUGGAAGUAUGGGAGAACUACGUCAAGUUACAGCUCAGCCCGUUUCAUAAUUACAGGACGCCGAUACGCAGCCCGGUGUUCGACGCGAGGAUCAAGGCGAGCGCGAAGCGAUAUCUCUGAUGCACUCACGAAAAGUGCAUAUAUGCGCCGAUCCCGCCGAUCCCGACUUCUGUCAUGUGUGUUCGUCUCGCCCGUGUCGACUUGCCCUGCACGGCCAGUUGAGCUCUGCGCAUCUAACUCAAAUAUACGGAACGCCCGGCGAACUGGCCCGAACACGACCAUUGCCGGCAUGGGAUGCUCUCGCUGCCACGUAUGUCGUGUCUGGUCCGUCGAGUGAGCAGAUUAAGCCGGGGGACGAUAGCAAUACGAUUGGAUUUGUAUUAGCAGCAGGGGCUAGAGCACUAUACGUUGAUGACAAGAUACCUCGUGAUGGAGAGUUACUUUACAUAGCUUACACAGGAAAUUUCGGAAUUCCGGCCAGCGAAGCAUCUAAAUAAUGUGAAUACCAA